AUCGAGAGAGUGUUCAACGGUGUAGGCCAUGGCCAAAAAGACGACGUUUCUGUCAUGGAUACUCGUUGUCUGUACAUUCUACCUAAAUCGAUGUGGUGCAACAAGGUCCCUAGCGGAUAGCCAAAAGUGUCAUCAGCGAUGCCGAUUGCCAGAAAACGAGACACUUGGCUUCUUAGAGGAAGUUCAACAGAACCACUGCGUGCUCUGCGAUAGUUCAAAAGUCAGACAAGUAGUCGAGGCUGUUGUCUUUCGCGUCCAUAUUGGCUUCGUGGUCUUGUCCGAAGAAUCGUUCGAUCGUCACGCACCAGUGAUUGCUGGUCUUUUGGCCAAUUACGAUAACGUGACGGUGUUGGCCUCAUCCACCUUACCAUCCUUUGCUCACAUGCGUAACCGGGUGCUGCAGUAUGUGCCCUGUGAACAGCAUCAGGCGGCGACUAUGCAUUUUGCCGUCGAGCGCUUUGACGUCCCCGCCAAUUUCAUAUGCGAAGAAACGCUUUCGACAAUCGAGGCCAUUGCCUGCAAUGUAAAAAACCUGGUGACGAUGACCGAAAUUUUGGAAGACGCUUUGUCCCGAACUACUAAAAUUUUGGUACUCGUUGUCGAGCCGACGUUUAUAGCGGGUCGAUUAAUCGCGGAAAAACGUCUGAUGGUCUCGUUGUCGUUGGUGGAUGAUGCUCAGACUCUGCGCAUCCUUUUGGGCCCACCAUCGCAGCAAACUAUCAGAGAUCCACCCAUUUUUUAUCAGAGUUUGUCCAAUAUGGAUUUGCAGCACCAAUCAUUGUCAACUGUUCUGUACCACUUUAUCCAGGAUCGCGUUUCAUCGUUGCGAUUAACCUCUACAUUCAUAAAUUAUAAUCGCGCUCGUCGAGUCCUGGGAUUGGCUCCCGUCCGAAGACUUUCGCAGAUUUGGCGCAGCGGCUUGCUCGCUUCGCUAGUAUCGCAGACGGAUGAUUGGCGAUACGAGCAUCCCCAUUUGGUACCUUUUGCCAAUCCGCUGGUGCCUCUUUGUUUUGCCUGCGACCCGGCGGCCGAUGAGAUCGCGGCCCGCGCCGCUAAAGAGCAUUACCUUAUUACCGAAGAAAAUGUGAUAUUGGAGACACCGAUUGUUUUAGUAGCAGCUCAUGAGCAUCUACAGACACCGUCACUCGCUGAACUACGCCGUCUAUCCAAGGGACUGGCAACGGCUCGAUCGUCCUUGCAGGCAAUUGAAGCAAAGUGUCGGACGCACCCUGUUCCGAGCGUAUCUGGUCUGUGUCGAAUGAAGCACUUCCAAGUGUUCCGCAUUGGUCGGGCACCGAAUCACACCAUGUUUCCCGAAUUUGUGCAUAGUCUUCCGGGAACAAUAUGGGAUGGUCUGGGCGUUUCCAAAAAUGUUGAUCUCAUCAUUGUUAAUUGUUAUAAUCGUGACCCAUGGGAGGCAUACUUGGGACGUCCGGUAAUGUGUUGGAAUCCGCAGUGGACCGCCAUCGAAUUCGCCUUGGCGUUUUUGCGCCAGCUCCAUUACAGUGAAUUUUCCGCAAUCGAUCCCGUAGUAGGCUACGCACUCGAAGACCUGGUGGCUAUACUAGAACGUACGUAUGGCAUCGCUGCAGACGGCCAAGGCCGAUGGAAACAGGGGAGUAACAUUUUCAACGAUGUCGUAAUACAACUGAUGCUGUACCGGUUCCGUAAGCCACCACCACAAUGGAAUUUCUUGGGAUGGCUAAUUGUUCCGGCCUGGAUGAUUUUAAUCUUGGCGGUCGUGUACAUAUGGGGCAAUGACACGACUACUUGGCAGCGGUUUCGCCUACGGAGGUCCCAUCGCAUGGCGGUCGAAGGACCAUCACUGCUGGAUGAUUUCUUGGCGCAACUACCCGAACUCACAGAAGCCUGGACAAAUCUAAGGGAGUGGGGGCAUGCGCAAUGGCAGGACAUUGCGAAACACAUCCCUGCGUCACCAACGACAGUAUCGGCGGCGACGAACCAUGUUCCGUCCCGAAAACGGAGAGGACAGAAGAAGAGGCACUGACAAUCCAGACUUGAAUUGGCCUGUGCGUCACUUGAUUCGGCUGGAACACAACGAUGCAUGCUUCUCGAGACAGCUUUGCUGCGCUGCACGUUCAGGUUCGUCAGCAUUCGUUCGUCUUGGGCUCUUCCUAGAGAGUGGGAAGUCUUCUCGCUUCCUUGAUAGAAAAACAGGAAUAUCUAGUACUGCCUAGAAUGUCCUACUGAACAUAUGCAACCCAUAAUCCAGAUUCAUUGAGGCGAC